AUGGAAGCUUCCUCCAGGUCAGGAUCUCAAAGGCCUCCAAAUCAAUCUGGUAACCAUGACGGACCAUCCGGCUCACCAGGCACCGCCGAGCGCCAACCAACCGAAGAUCAAAACACACCCGCCGACUCUCAGCAAGGCUAUUCCAAACGCAAACGAAUGCAAGAACGUCACCAGAACCGCAAGCGCGGUCGGACACCCCCAUCGGUCUUCUCACGUCGUGAUCGCUCCCACAGCCCACGCGAAAACACACGCCGACGGUCUCGAUCUCCGCUUCAGCCUCGCAGCCCUCCGCCAGGCGAUGAACCGCCCAAGCAACGAAAGCGACCAGGCGGUGGUGCGAGAAUGGGUAUUGUGGACCGCGAGACUCUUCGCCGUCGACAGGAGGACCAGGAUCGGGUGCAGGAGGAAGAUGCCUCGCGGAUGUCGCAGAGUCGGGGGGUAUCAGAUGUUGUGCGGCAGCACUACAAUGCUGUUCCUGAGCGUGGACGGGAAUGGCGCAAGACAGAGAGUAAGAUCAAGGGACUGCGCAGUUUCAACAAUUGGGUGAAGAGUACUUUGAUUCAAAAAUUUUCGCCAGAUGAGGAAUUCAGUGCGCGGUUCAAUGAUACGAAGGAUUGGGCGAAUGAUAGUAUGGGACCUGCGCCCGUUGAUGAUAAAAAGUUGCUUGUGCUUGAUUUGGGCUGUGGAAAGGGCGGAGAUCUGGGGAAGUGGCAGCUUGCGCCUCAGAAGGUGGAUCUAUAUGUUGGACUUGACCCAGCCAAUGUCUCUAUUGAGCAGGCGAGGGAUCGAUAUGCCUCUAUGCGAUCUGGUCGGGGACAACGGGGUCGUCGACCACCACCGGCUUUGUUUCAUGGGGAGUUUCAACCGAAAGAUUGCUUUGGCGAGUCGCUGAGUGAUAUUCGCAUUAUCCAACAAGUUGGAUUUGACCCCAGUGCUGGGCCGGGUGGAUCUAUGAUGGCGGCACGGUUUGGCGGCGGCGGCUUUGAUGUUGUUACUUCCAUGUUUGCAAUUCACUACGCCUUCGAGAGCGAGGAGAAGACUCGUCAGAUGUUGAGCAAUGUUGCUGGUUGUCUGAAGAAGGGCGGUCGCUUUAUCGGUGUUUGUCCCAACUCAGAUAUGAUUACGGCUCGUGUGAGUGCAUUCCAUGAACAGCGAAAAGGCCGCGAAAGUGGCAAGGCGCCUGAGCCUGAGGGCCGUGAAGAUGGCGAAGUCGAGGAGGAGGAUCAUUGCGAAUGGGGAAAUGAAAUCUACCGUGUCCGUUUCCCUGGUCCCACCCCUGAAAGUGGUGUUUUCCGACCGCCGUUUGGGUGGAGAUACACUUAUUUCAUGCGAGAGGCUGUCGAAGAGGUCCCUGAAUACGUUGUUCCUUGGGAAGCAUUCCGAGCUCUCACUGAGGACUAUAACCUUGAACUUCAGUACCGCAAGCCCUUCUUAGAUAUUUGGGAAGAUGAGAAGAACGACCGUGAGUUAGGCCCGUUGAGCGAGCGCAUGGGAGUCCGAGAUCGAGCCACUGGGGCGCUAAACAUGACCGAGGAGGAGAAGGAUGCAGUUAGCUUCUAUCACGCAUUCUGCUUCUACAAGGUAUAG